ACAAAAUCCUUACGCAGAAGAAUAAAUAAACAGAGAAACCGAAGGCGAAGAAAGCUUCUGAUUACUGCCCGAAGUUGAAGAGGUCAGUCCCCGUAGCGUUCCCCCAAUUUCUCUUUUUGCCUUUCUUUAAGCUUCCAUUAUUCAUUUCCCUCCUCUGUUUGUAAUAUUUGUCUUUUUUUACUUUAUAAGCUAAGAAAUUGAGUUUCUAGGGUUUCUGAGCAAUGGAAGAUUCAGAAAAGAGAAGGCAUCGUGAGAGGAGGGAUAGGGAUAGGGAUAGGGACCGAGAACGACGCCGUUCCGAGAGAGAGAAGAGUAGUGAUUCGGAUAGGGAAAAGGAAAAGCAUCGAGAGAGAGGGAGAGAGAGGAAAGAGAGGGAACGAGAGAAAGAGAAAGAGAGGGAAAGAGCGAGGGAGAAGGAAAGAGAGAGGGAUAGAGAGAAGAGAGAGCGUGAAAGAGAGCGGGAAAGGGAGCGGGAAAAGAGGGAAAGAGAAAGAGAAAGGGAAAGGGAAAGGAAGGAAGAGAAAGAGAAAGAGAGGAAGUCGAGGGAAAGGGAGAAGCGGAGGGAAUAUAACAGUGAUGAUAGUAAGGAGGAGAGGGAGCGACAUAGGAAGCGUCGAAGGAGGGAAAGAGAUGAUGACAACAAUGAUGAUUAUAAGGAGAGAGAGAGCAAGUUGAAUAGAGAAGAGAGUCCUGUAAGGAAAAAAAGUGGUGACGAUGAGUUGGAGAAGGAGGAGAAGAAAAGCAGGGAAGAGGAGAUGGAAGAUGAACAGCGUAAAUUAGAUGAGGAGAUGGAGAAACGGAGGAGGAGGGUUCAGGAGUGGCAAGAAUUGAGGAGGAAGAAGGAAGAGUCAGAGAGGGAGAAGCGUGGGGAAGGAAAUGCAGAGGAUGAGGAGACUAAGGUUGGUAAGGCUUGGACUCUUGAAGGAGAAUCGGAUGAUGAUGAAGUAGCCCCAACAAAGUUGGAGACAAAUAUGGAUGUUGAUGAGAAUGAAAACUCGAAUUCUAAGCCUGAUAGUAAGGGAAUUGGAGAUGCAAUGAUGGAAGAUGGAGAUUCUGACAACGGAGAAGAUAAAAUGCUUGUUACCCAAAAUGGGGGUAAUGGGAUUUCAGAGGAGGACGAUGAAAUUGAUCCGUUAGAUGCUUUUAUGAAUUCAAUGGUGUUACCUGAAGUUGAGAAGCUAAGUAAUGCAGUUGUUGUUCCCCCUACAACUGCUGAUGAUGAUAAAAAUGGGAACUUGAAGAAGGAUAAAAAAGAUGGCUUGAGUAAUGGGGGACAGCAGCCAAAGAAAGGUUCAAAUAAGGCACUUGGGAGAAUUAUUCCUGGGGAAGAUUCAGAUUCAGAUUAUGGGGAUUUUGAGAAUGAUGAAGAGGAUUUAGAAGAUGAAGAUGAUGAUGAGUUUAUGAAAAGGGUAAAGAAGACCAAAGCUGAAAAACUAUCAAUUGUUGACCACUCAAAGAUUGAUUAUAAACCGUUCAGGAAAAAUUUUUAUAUUGAAGUGAAGGAGAUCUCGAGAAUGACACCUGAAGAAGUUGCUGCUUACAGGAAGGAAUUGGAAUUGAAGUUACAUGGAAAAGAUGUGCCGAAACCAGUCAAGACUUGGCAUCAAACUGGACUGACUAGUAAAAUAUUGGAGACAAUAAGGAAACUUAAUUAUGAGAAGCCAAUGCCAAUUCAAGCUCAGGCACUGCCCAUAAUUAUGAGUGGUCGAGACUGCAUUGGCAUUGCAAAAACCGGGUCUGGCAAGACCCUUGCUUUUGUGCUACCAAUGUUAAGGCAUAUCAAAGAUCAGCCGCCUGUAGUAGCUGGAGAUGGGCCAAUUGGGCUCAUUAUGGCACCUACAAGGGAGCUUGUCCAGCAGAUUCAUAGUGACAUAAAGAAGUUUACCAAGGCAUUAGGAAUCAGGUGUGUCCCUGUCUAUGGAGGUUCUGGUGUUGCUCAGCAGAUUAGUGAAUUAAAGCGGGGAACAGAGAUUGUCGUAUGUACUCCAGGUAGGAUGAUUGAUAUACUUUGUACUAGUGGAGGAAAAAUUACUAAUCUGCGUAGAGCAACAUACUUGGUUUUGGAUGAAGCUGACAGAAUGUUUGAUAUGGGUUUUGAACCUCAAAUCACUCGAAUUGUUCAAAAUAUUCGCCCUGAUCGCCAAACUGUACUAUUUUCUGCCACUUUUCCUCGCCAGGUUGAGAUUUUGGCACGUAAAGUGUUGAAUAAACCUGUUGAAAUACAGGUUGGUGGGAGAAGUGUUGUGAACAAGGACAUAACUCAGUUGGUUGAGAUGAGGCCAGAAAGUGAAAGGUUCCUAAGAUUGUUAGAACUUCUAGGUGAAUGGUAUGAGAAGGGGAAAAUUCUGAUUUUUGUCCACACCCAAGAAAAGUGUGAUGCUUUGUUUAGGGAUUUGCUCAAACAUGGUUACCCUUGUCUAUCACUUCAUGGGGCCAAGGAUCAGACAGAUCGUGAAUCCACCAUUUCUGAUUUUAAGAGCAAUGUCUGCAAUUUGUUGAUUGCAACAAGUGUUGCAGCUAGGGGUUUAGAUGUGAAGGAGCUUGAAUUAGUGAUUAAUUUUGAUGUUCCAAAUCAUUAUGAAGAUUAUGUUCACCGUGUAGGUAGGACAGGUAGAGCUGGCCGGAAAGGCUGUGCCAUCACAUUUAUCUCCGAGGAUGAUGCAAGAUAUGCACCAGAUCUUGUAAAAGCUUUGGAACUCUCUGAGCAAGUUCUUCCUGAUGACCUGAAAGCUCUUGCUGAUGGCUUUAUGGCAAAAGUCAAUCAGGGGCUUGAGCAGGCCCAUGGAACAGGUUAUGGUGGAAGUGGUUUUAAAUUCAAUGAAGAGGAGGAUGAAAAGAGAAAAGCAGCAAAGAAAGCACAAGCAAAAGAAUAUGGGUUUGAGGAAGACAAGUCAGAUUCAGAAGAUGAAGAUGAAGGGGUGCGGAAGGCAGGUGGUGACAUCUCACAACAGACAGCACUUGCUCAGAUAGCUGCCAUGGCUGCUGCCUCAAAAGCUGGUACCGCUUUGAUGCAGAACCCUCUAUCAUCUGCCCAACUGCUUCCCAAUGCUGUAUUGCCUGUGUCUCUUCCUGGUGUACUCGGUGUUUCGAUGCCAGGUACUGCAGCAGUUGUGCCUGGGAGUGGGCUGCCUGGUCUUGCAAAUGAAGAGGCUGCUCGCAAAGCUGCACUGCAAGCUGCUCUCAAUUUGCAGCAUAACUUAGCAAAGAUUCAAGCUGAUGCAAUGCCUGAACAUUAUGAAGCUGAGUUGGAGAUAAAUGAAUUCCCCCAGAAUGCUCGAUGGAAGGUUACCCACAAGGAAACUUUGGGCCCAAUAUCAGAAUGGACUGGAGCUGCCAUUACUACCAGGGGCCAAUUUUUCCCACCUGGUCGAAUCCCGGGACCAGGGGAACGCAAGCUUUACUUGUUCAUUGAGGGACCUACUGAGCUAUCUGUUAAGAGAGCUAAGGCAGAACUAAAACGUGUCUUGGAAGACUUCUCACACCAGUCCUUACAACUUCCUGGUGGGACUCAACCUGGCAGAUACCAAGUUUUGUAGAUGUCUGAGAAGGGCAGGAUUCGUAAGUCCAUUAUUUUCAGAUUUUACUGACUGUGGUGUUUCUCAUCGAUGUUGUUAUAGUUAAAAGGAGCUCAUUGUUUUAGUUUGGUGCAUUCUGAUGCAUUGGCUCUUUUUACUUGGCCUCAUAUUCACUAAUCCUUUAGUCAAUUUGAUAUGGAUGGUGGCUUGAAUCCUGCUAUGGUGCUUGGUCGAGGAAUUGGUGUAACUAAAAGACAAAUAGAGGAAUCAGAUGCUGUAGUUCCAGAACCAUAUGAUGAAGUUUUUUUCUUAUAAAGGCAUUAAGUGUUUGAUGAUGUUUUUAUGUUAUUUAUUAUUUUUUGAUGAGGAAGAUGAUGUAUUCUUUUCAUGUCUUAGGUGUUACUGGUAACAUUAUUCUCCCUAAUGGGAACUUCCUCGCUCUCUCAAGCUUCAACCUGAGAUUGCAUUUUGGUUUAGAAAGACGUGGAUGUCCUGGAUCCUUGCAAAAUCUGAUUCCAAUCUGAAGUUGUGAACAGCAUAUAGCAAAUGCAAGCAGGGUUGCUGGGUUGGCAUUUGAUAUGCGUGUUUCCAUUUUUUGUUUAUAAAAAGUAGAAAAUGGAAGGGUAACUGAGACAGAUAAAGAAGAAGAGCCUCACAAUGUGGAAAAUGGGCAGAGAUUGAAGAUAUGCUGAAGAAGAGUGUUAUAACAGUGGAUGAUUUCACACACCCUCUUCAUCAAAAGUAGAAGUAAAAAUGGUGGUCAAGUAUGCAUGUUUAGUGGACAUGAGCUUCUCCAAGGGAAAGCCAUCCAGAGUGUGUGGUAGGUUGGUUUGUUUGGACCUCCAUAAUACACUGCUCCCCUUGCCUAUCAGGAUUAAACUAUCCACCUCAAUAUACCUUAUGUCCAUGCUCUGCUCCUAGGUGGUUGAAUGUUGUUGCCUUUCUGCUUUGGACUUGAUUGCAUAUUAUUAUAUCAAUGGGCUUGCUAUAUGGAUUUCCUUGUUAAAGAUCAAAGUAGUUACAGAUAUUGGUACAUUCUCAUGUGAAUGCUGUUAAAUUUUCAUUGCACUAUGCUUGUCCUGUUACAGUAACGAUUUAAGGACUGAACACAUUCUUAUUUGCAUUCA